AGCUUGCUCCAUUCCAUUCUCUUUUCUCCGAUUAGCGUAUUAUCCUAGUCAAGAGUCCUCUUUUUUUUCCAGCUUUUGAGGUUUCAAUGCUAAACCAAUCCAUCUUCACAUGUUCUUGAGUGUUUUUAUGAUUUGGAAGAAGGAAUCGAUGAAGUAGGCGACCGAUUCCAGUAGCAUUUCCAGCUAUCUCAGGCCUUCUCUGUCGAUUUUGGCAGCAGUCCAAGUGAAUUUAGAAGAUCAGCUACGUCAACCUUGCUUGCCCAGUUCGCUGAACGAAGCCUGAGGACUUGAUUGCUCGGUCCAUCUAAGUCCCUCUCUCUGCUCUCAACUCUUUCGGUAUUUAUAUUUGUAACUUAGCUUUGGAAAUCGACAUGGCUAACAAUGGAGGACGCGAAGAAGAUGAAAUAAGGACAAAGUUGGAAUUGUAUAAAGCUGCGAUAAGUGGUGAUUGGGAGAAGGCUAUGGGCAUCAAACCAAUAACAGCAGUGAUCAAUAACCGUGGAGAGACAGCUCUCCAUGUUGCAACUGCAGCAAACCACACCCAUUUUGUGGAAAAGCUUGUUGAUAUGAUUGCUAAUGAAAAUGCAGAGGAUUUAGCUAUUACAACUAAACCCCCAAUUGCACCUCAAGCUUCAUCUCUAAGUGAUGCCAUGGCUUCAGCCGCAACUGCAUUCAAAAUAGCAGCGGACCCAACCAUAGGUCCCAAAGCAACUGCAGCCACAUUGGCACCUGCAACCGGAAACGCAAAUGCAAGUCGACAAGAAAAUACCGAACCCAAAGCCAAAGUAACAAUCGUGGACCCAAUCCAAGAUGCAGCUGCAGCCCCACAGCCACGGGACCGAGCCCCACAGUCAGAAGCCUCAUCUCUAAGUGAUGCCAUGGCUUCAGCCCCAACUGCAUUCAAAAUAGCAGAGGACCCAGCCAUAGGUCCCAAAGCAACUGCAGCCGCAUUCCCAUCUGCAACCGAAAAUGCAAAUGCAAGUCGACAAGAAAAUACCAAACUCAAAGCCAAAGUAACAAUCGCGGACCCAAUCCAAGAUGCAGCUGCAGCCCCGCAACCACGGGACCGAGUCCCACAAUCACAAGCUUCAUCUCUAAGUGAUGCCAUGGCUUCAGCCCCAACUGCAUUCAAAAUAGCAGAGGACCCAGCCAUAGGUCCCAAAGCAACUGCAGCCACAUUGGCAUCUGCAAUCAGAAGUGCAAAUGUAAGUCGACAAGAAAAUACCAAACCCAAAGCCAAAGUAACAAUCGCGGACCCAAUCCAAGAUGCAGCUGCAGCCCUACAGCCACGGGACCGAGUUCCACCAUCACAAGACCCAGCAACAGAACCAGAGGAGCGCGGAAAUACAGCUUUUUGCUAUGCGGCUUUAUCUGGAAACGUGAAAAUUGCUCAAAUUAUGAAGAAGAACAAGCAAGAUUUGUCAGUGACUCGGGGUGGUAAAAAUUUAUUUCCAAUUCAUAUAGCAGCUUUGGCUGGCCAUGCACAAAUGGUGCAUGAACUGUACGAUGAAGAUCAUAUCAAAAAUCAACUAACAAAUGAUGAUCGCAUUAGUUUACUCAUCGCUUUGGUAGAGUCUGAUAUAUAUGAUGUUGCACUGAAGAUGAUAAAAGAUCACCCAGAGUUGGCCACUAAGAAUGAUCAUACCAGAGAGGAAGAGACAGCAUUGCAUGCAUUUGCUCGAAAGCCUUGUAUACCUUCCAUUGAAACUUCUACAGGGAUUUGGAGUUGCCGCAAAAACUUCGAUUUGUUUUUCUCGGUUGCUGGUUCGAACAUAAGUAAGCACGAACAAGGGCUUGAGCUAGUCCAAAAGCUUUGGGAGAAAGUAAUAUUGCAGGAUGAGGAAAAAGUUUCUAAGUUUAUGAUUAUACCUUCUGGGCGACUUAUAUUUAUUGCAGCUGAAAAUGGAAAUGUGGAGUUCCUAACUAUACUUAUACGUCAAUAUCCAGCUUUAAUAUUGAAGGUGGAUGAGAAUAAACAUACCAUUUUUCAUAAAGCUGUUUUGUAUCGACAUGAGAAAAUCUUCAAGCUGAUUUUUGAGUUGGGUAUGAUGAAGAACUUGAUAAACAUAUAUGAAGACGAGAACAAGAAUAACAUGUUGCACUUGGCUGGACAAUUGCCUUUACCAAGUCGGCUAAAUGUUGUACCAGGAGCAGCUCUCCAACUGCAACAAGAGCUACUGUGGUUUGAGGAAGUGAAGAAGGUUGUUAGACCAGGGCAAAUUGUAGCAAAAAAUACGCAAAAGCAGACUGCAAGAGAAGUGUUCAUGGAAAAGCACGAGAACUUAAGGAUAGCAGCGGAGAAAUGGAUGAUAAAAACAGCAAAUUCAUGCAUGCUUGUGGCAACCCUUAUUGCCACUGUUACUUUUGCAGCAGCGUUUACAUUACCUGGAGGUAAUAGACAAGAUAAUGGACAAGAUAAGGGGUUUCCUGUUUUUCUUAAUAGGACCUUGUUUAAAAUUUUUGCCAUAGCGGAUGCAGUAUCUUUAGCAUUCUCAUCCUCUUCGAUACUAUCCUUCUUGUCCAUUCUUACUUCUCCAUUCUCAAUGGAUGAUUUUCUCAAGUCAUUGCCAAACAAGUUAAUUCGAGGAUUCUUAUUCCUUUUCAUAGCAAUAAUAACAAUGAUGGGUGCCUUCGUUUUAGCCUUUUUCUUAAUUUUCAAACAUGGAUUGAUUCGAUUUGCUAUUUCUAUUGCCGCACUUGCUUUUAUCCCCAUCCUUUUAUUCAUUGGGCAGCUCCAUCUUGUUUUUGAGAUGAUUUAUUCCACCUACAAGUGCUCCUUCCUUUUCUGUUGCAAUAAAAAAACUCUCUUUCCUACCAAAUCAAAAUUUCCCAUACUAGAAAAGCUAUGCUGCUUCUGCAAUUAGCUCCAUAUUUAUCUUCUAGCCUAUGUGUUGUGUACUAGUUUGUAAUAGGGAUAGAUUUUGUGCUAGUAUUUGCAAUAGGUAUAAAUUUUGUGCUAGUACUAUUUGUUUUAUACUUGUGCGUGUGUAAAAUAAAAUCAUUAUUGUAUUUUAUUUUUCUUGUACAAUAAACGUUUAAAAAGUAAUGUCUUUUUUUUUUA